AUGGCAGUUUCUGCAUAUGCUAAUAUUCAUUGGGAUGGUAAUGUUAUAAAUAGUUGUAAUGGUUACGAUUAUGAUGGAGAUUUUUCAAAAAUUAUUCAAUUGGGUAAACGAAUAAGUUUUAAUCAAUUGGUUGGUAAAAUUGCUCGUGCAAUUGGAUUAUUCGAAAAUAAUGAAUUUAUAGAGACGAUUAGUUUUAGAAAGUCUACAGUUGUGGAUGGAUCCUUACAAUUUGAAUGUAUGGAGAUAUGGGGUGAAGAUGAUGUGUCUAAUAUGUUUAAUUACUUGUAUCAAAUUGGUGGUAUACCUGGUAUAGAAAUAUAUGUUAAGAUACUUCGUUGUGUUGAUACUACAAAUGAGGAUGCUGAUAUUGGUCCAUCUGGAACUGCCGUUGAAUCAAAUGAUGAACCAUGUGAAGAGCAUAAUGUAGUUGAUGAUUAUGGUUUAUGUGAUAGUCUUGCAGGGCCGUCAUUUAAUUUAUCUAAUACAGUAGAGAAUGAGGACAAGGACGAGUACGAGGACGAGGACGAGGAUGAGGAUGAGGACGACGAUGAUUCAUGGAUGUCUACUGAGGAUGAUGAUGAUGAUAAUGGACAGGAGGAUAUUGGGAGUGAGUCUCGAUAUUACAAGGGACUGCCAUAUGCAGAAAUAGACUUCGAUUUGUUGAGGGUGGAUCCUUAUGAUAAGCCAGAAAGUCGUUACUUUUGGGAUCCUUCUAAAGAGUUUUCAGUUGGGAUGAUAUUUUCUUCGAGAGAUGCAGUGGCUGCUGCUGCAAAAGAAUAUCAUCUAAGACAUCACCAUCAAUUCUGUUAUCAUGAAACAAGGGAGAAGACGUAUUCUAUAAAGUGCAAAGACAAAGACAGUGGAUGUGCAUGGAGGCUUCGAGCAUCCAAGAAAGAAGGGGAGGAUGUAUGGAAAAUUACGAGAUACAAUGGACCGCACACGUGUACAAAUCCUCAGGUAACAAAAAACCAUAGCCAAUUGGAUGAGAAUUUCAUUUGUUCAUUCAUAUUUGCAUUAAUUGAACAACAGCCUGAUAUAAAAAUUGUUGCCCUACAAGCUGAAGUGCGGGAUAAAUUUGGGUACGAGCCGUCUUAUCAGAAAACAUGGAAAGCUAAGCAGAAGGCAAUUGCACGGCUUUAUGGGGGUUGGGAUGAAUCAUACAGUCGUUUGCGUAGAUUCAUGACUGCUCUUCAUCAUUUUAACCCAGAAACAGUAUACAUGAUCGAAGAUAAUCCACAUUGGAUAAAUGAGCGAUUAAAUCCGAUGUGUUGUGUGUUUGACCGUAUGUUCUGGGCUUUUAAGCAAUCGAUUGAGGGAUUUAAACAUUGCCGACCUGUUAUCUCAAUCGAUGUGACAUUCUUGUACGGAAAAUAUACCGGGUGUAUACUGUGUGCAACCGCACUUAAUGGAAAUAAUCAACUAUUUCCAUUAGCUUUUGCCAUUGUUGAUAAGGAGGACGGUGACAAUUGGUUAUUAACCCUACAUCCUGAAGGGUAA